AUCAGUUCGGUAAUGAAACUUAAUUACAAAUUUCUUUUUUGUGCUUCCUCGUUCUAUCGCAAUUUCGAUUGCAUUUCGGUACGGAUUUUCAGUUUGAUUUAAGUGAAUUUAUUGUUUUUAUUCGGUAAAAUGAUGUGUGAUGCCAAAUUUCCUUAUCCAUGAAUAACACACAUGACGAAUUGGCUGUAAUAAAAUCAGAUUUAUGUCGAAAAAGAGACGGUUACACACACAAGAAAUUAAUUAAGUGAAGUAUUCGGAGUGAUCUCAGUGAAAAUGCCGAUAAAAGCACAUGUUAAAGGGAAGAGAAAAGCCCCACCACCACCUCAGCAAACGCUACCACCGCCGUCGCCGCCGCCGUCAUCGUCAUCAAUGUUGAUACCACUUGGUAAACUUGAAGCAUCAACUUCUAAUGUACAAUCGAGCAUAAAUCAAAGUGAAAAUAAAUUUCCAAAUGAGAAUGCUGGCAAAACGCCCGAAACUAUGACAUGUUUUUCUACAACUCAUCAAAAACGAAAAAAACCAGCACCAUUGCCACCAUCUGCAGGCAACCACAGUACGUUAAUCGUAAAUAAGAAGAACCAUGCAACUGGCAUCGAAAUGAAUAAUUUAUCUGCCAUAUCAAAGAGAAAAGUCGGUGACAAAACUGCUGUAAAAGCUAUUAAUCUGAAUAUUUUUGAGCCGAACAACAUCCGAAAUCAACUUCAAUGCCCAACAAAAGAAACGAAUGAGGUCAAUGUGAAUAUGGAUUCAAAUAGACGGCAUGAUAUAUUCAACAAUGAGCUUUUUGCGCGACAACAACGAAAUGAAUAUCAAAUUUGGAUAUGUAACUAUUGUACAUUGCAAAAUCCAUUCUGGAAGAUUGUUUGUGAUGCAUGUGAACGUAUAAAACCGUAUAAUACGCCGACAAUUUCGAAUAUACAAAUGUCAUUUGCAACGAAUGUUGAUAAUGAUUCGGUUCGAAUGAAUGGAAAAAAUUUGAUGAGCUCGGUCAUGUUGCGACCGAAAAUAAUCAAACCAAAUAAUGAUGGCGAUAAAAUACUUAACCGAAAUUCAAUGAAUGUGGACAUAAAAAGUGCAUCGUCAUCAAAACAAUUGCCAAACAAACGGAAUAGCUUGUGUUUAUUUAAGUAUGGCGAUCAAAAUAUAUCACCCGAAGCUUUGGAAAUAGAAAAAGAACGUAUUCGUGCCGUUAUUCGAGCGAUGAAUAAUCGGGCAUUGGCACAGAAAAAAUUCCCAGAAAAAAUCAUCGAGCACCGAACAGAUGAUGAUGAUGAUAAUGAUAAUAAUGUGAAAAAUGAUACAGCCGCCACUAAAAUCGCCACAAUAAAUAAGCCAACGAUUCGACGAAAUGGCUUAUUGAAAUAUGACAACCAAAAAGACUAUAAUCUUCCGUCCGUCCGUAAACAUGUAUCCGGUGAAUGUUCGACAAUGGCAAAUGAUUUCAAGACAAAUGCCAACGAAGCAAAACCAAUUAGAAAAAUCGAGAACACUGAUAGCAUGGCCAAAUGUAAGGAACUUGUUGAAAAUAUUCAAACUUACUGUGAUGAAGUGUCCCUUGCGAAUACACGGAAACACUUGAAGCACGAUACAAACGAAAAACGCAAAAGUCACAUAACUGCAACGAAAAAUUCAUUUAAAACUGGCAUUGACAAUAAUAUUUUGCUUAACUUAUACAUCAAUUUCAACAAUGCAAUUGAAGUGAAGAUAAAACACGAUAUGACUCUGGAUGAAUUCAAAACUUACAUUUUCGAUAAAUUGAUGGCGUGUAAAAAUCCAAAAAUUUACUUCAACGGUUUACUGUUGAAAAAUGGCGAACAAAAGCUAGCCCAGUACGGUGUCACGAAUCAAUCUUCUCUGUACAUAAAUACAGAAAAUGUCGUUGUUCAAGCACAUGCAAAAACUGAAGGAAAGUCGGUCAUUGUACAAACUGAAGAUUCGGAACUAUUAAAAAAUGAAAUGAAAAAUGUCAAGCCGGAUGAAAAAAGAGUUGAAAAAGUGAAUAAAGAAAAGGAUAAAAAUGGAACGAAUACACAACUUGACGUGAAUGCUGGAAAAAAUGGGGAGAAAUUUUUGAUAGAGCAUGUUACGUUGAAUAGAUAUUUGAUAGAAAGACUUCCACCGCAGGAUGCACUACCACAGAAUGGGAACAAAGUUAAAUAUCGUGGUGUGUAUAAUUAUAAUCCGCGCGUCAAUCCAGAUAUACAAAAAAUAUUAAAUGAAAAACCAGCAAAACCAGUGAAAAUACCAAUCACGCAUACCAAACCGUCCAGUUUAAAAAGUGUUGCUGAUAAGGAACUUGACUCAAUGAUAGAAAUUACGAAAAAAAGCGAACCAAUCACUCAGUACAUUGAACUUUUAUCGUUGGACGAUUCAAUGGAUUUGACAACAAAUACAAGCGUAUUUGAAUGCCCGGUUUGUUUCGUUGAUUAUGAGCCGUUUGAAGGUGUUAUUUUAAGGAAUUGCCUGCAUACAUUUUGCAAAGACUGCAUACGUAAUACAAUUAUUUAUAGCGACGAUGCCGAAGUUAAAUGCCCAUUCAUCGAUAAUCAGUAUUCAUGCGAUUGCUUGUUACAAGAUCGUGAAAUCAAAGCUCUGCUCUCGAAAAGCGAAUACGAUGAGCAUUUGGCAAAGUCUCUGCGAAUUGCGGAAAAUCAAAUUGAAAAUUCGUUCCAUUGCAAAACACCGGACUGUAAAGGAUGGUGCAUUUAUGAAGACGAUGUUAAUGCAUUCAAGUGUCCGAUAUGUCGAUUGGAGAAUUGCCUGACCUGUAGGGUUAUUCAUGACGGUCUCGAUUGUAAGCAAUACCAAAAUAUGAUGGAAAAUAAUGUGGAAAGCAAUCCGGAGAAUGCCACAACGCACGCAAUGCUACAGGAAAUGAUUGAGAAGGGGGAAGCAAUGAAUUGUCCAGCUUGUAAGAUUGUUUUGAUGAAAAAAUGGGGUUGCGAUUGGCUAAAAUGUUCGAUGUGCAAAACGGAAAUAUGUUGGAUCACUCGGUCGUAUCGAUGGGGACCGGGUGGAAAGGGUGAUACAUCAGGUGGAUGUAAAUGUGGUGUUGAUGGGUUUCGAUGUCAUCCGAAAUGCAAUUAUUGUCAUUGACAUUAGUUCGCAAACUCCUUCGGCUUACAUGGUCUCUUGCAGUGUUAACACCUGUACUCAGACCACUUCUCACAUAAAAUACGUCAAUUUCAUUGAAGAGUCUCCAAAAGUUCUCAUAAAACUUUUUUCAGACAUUUUUUUAUAUUUUACACAUAAUGUAUCGAACCGGUCUGGUACUAUCGAACGAUAUAUUUGAAAACUCAUAAAUAAAGUUCAAAUUAAAGUGAAAAGUUUAUCAGUU